AACGUAGUUGCCAUACUUGUCCUCGCUUCAAUUUCUUCCGGAAGAAACAAAGCAUUGCGCAAAGGGCGGCAUGUAACACCGCGAUAACUCCACAGUGUCACAACUCAGAAACAAACAGUCUUCACUUUUUUUUGUAGUUUUCCUUUUCCACGGAGCUCCUCCAUGCUGCUGUGCCGGGUGUCGGCAGUCAGCCAGACGCUCACGAGAUGGGGACGGAGGUCACACCGGGGAGGCGGCCUCCUCCACCGGGCUCUCUCCUUGAGCUCCAGUCGCUGUCAUGUUGAAAGUCCCGGUGAAGUCAGCGCUCAGCCCGCAAAGGCCGGCGCUGCUCCGGGGCUGUACCGAGACACGGUGCUCCUCCCGCGGUCCGAGUUCCCCAUGAGGCUGACCGGACAGAAGCUGCUGGACCGAGAGCUCCAGAUCCAGCAGGAGUGCGGCUUUGCAGAUUUGUACUCCUGGCAAAGAGCGAGGAAGGCCAAGAAGGAGUUCUGCCUCCACGAUGGACCCCCGUACGCCAACGGAGACCCCCAUGUGGGACACGCACUCAACAAGAUCCUGAAAGAUAUCCGAAACCGCUUUGAGAUGCUGCGCGGGCGGCAGGUCCACUACGUCCCCGGUUGGGACUGCCACGGCCUGCCCAUCGAGCUGAAGGCUCUGGGGGAGUCGGGCACCAGCGGCCUGAGCCCCAUGCAGAUCAGACAGAAAGCGCGGCAGUUUGCCGAGGGGGCCAUAGCUCGCCAGAAGGCUGCCUUCCAGCGCUGGGGGGUGAUGGCGGACUGGGACCAGUGCUACUACACGUACGACGGGGCCUACGAGGCCGCUCAGCUGAAAGUCUUCCAAAAGAUGCACGCCAAGGGGUUCAUCUACCAGGACUACAAGCCGGUCUUCUGGUCCCCCUCAUCAAGGACGGCGCUGGCCGAGGCCGAGCUGGAGUACAACCCUGAGCACGUGAGCAGAGCCGUCUACGCCACAUUCCCCCUGAGCACACUGCCACCCGAGAUGGCCUCAGAGGCAGGUUUGGAGGGUGUUGUCUCCGUGUUGGUGUGGACCACCCAGCCCUGGACCAUUCCUGCCAACCAGGCCGUCUGCUACAUGCCCAACGCCCAGUACUCUGUGGUGAAGAGGGCGGACACCUCUCAGCUGCUGUUGGUGGCCACUGAGCGUACAGCCGGCGUGGCAGCACUGCUGGCCACGGAGCUGGAGACCGUAGGCACCUUUACAGGCUCCCAACUUGAGGGUGGGAUCUGCAAACAUCCCACAAUCCCUGACAAGGAAGUGCCGCUAUUGCCGGCCAAUCACGUGACUAUGGCCAAAGGAACGGGAUUGGUCCACACGGCGCCAGCUCACGGCAUGGAGGACUACAGUGUGGCGUCGCAGUUUAAACUCUCCGUGGAGUGCAUGGUGGACGAGGACGGCAAGUUCACCGACCUGGCCGGCCCGGAUCUCCAGAACCUGUCUGUGAUGACGGAAGGGACCGACAAAGUGAUCUCCAUGCUGGCGGAGUGCGGCGCCCUCGUGAAGGAGGAGCGGUGCGUCCACAGCUACCCGUACGACUGGAGGACCAAGCAACCCGUCGUCAUCAGGCCCAGUAAACAGUGGUUCAUCAACACAGCGGCGCUGAAGGACAAGGCCAAGGAGGCACUGCAGAAGGUGCGUGUUUUGCCGGAGUCGGCGAGGGGCAGCCUGCUGACCAUGCUGGACAGACGGACCUACUGGUGCAUCUCCAGACAGCGGAGCUGGGGCGUCCCCAUCCCAGUCUUCUACCACAGAGAGACUGGAGAGGCUCUCAUCAACAAACACACUGUGUCCCAUCUAGCAGAGCUCUUCAAAGAGAAGGGCAGUGACUGCUGGUGGGAGCUUCCUGUUGAGACGUUGCUGCCAGAACAAGUGCUCAAGAAUAGUAAAGCCGGCCCGGUGACGGACUACGUUCGUGGAGAAGACGUCCUGGACAUCUGGUUUGACAGCGGAGUGUCUUGGGCCGCUGUUCUAGAAGAGUCCGACCCCAGGGCGGACGCCUACGUGGAAGGGAAGGACCAGAUCGGAGGCUGGUUCCAGUCCUCGCUGCUCACCAGCGUCGCCGUCAGGAACAAGGCCCCUUACAAGUCUCUGGUGGUCCAUGGCUUCGCUGUCAGUGAGAAAGGAGAGAAGAUGUCCAAGUCUCUGGGCAACGUCGUGGACCCCGAUGUCAUUAUUAAUGGAGGGAAGGACCCCAGUGUGCCGGCUUACGGCGCUGACGUGCUGCGCUGGUGGGUGGCGGAGUCCAACGUGUUCUCCGAGGUUCAGAUCGGACCCGCGGCGCUCACCUCGGCCAGAGACAGCAUCGGCAAGCUGAGGAACACCCUGAAGUUCCUGCUCGGCAACCUGCAGGGCUUCGACCCGCGCGUGCACGCCGUGGACCCCAAAGAGAUGCACUACAUCGACCAGUACAUGCUGCACCAGCUCCGCGAGUACAGCAUCAAGGUGACAGACGCCUACAGCGAGUUUAAUGCGGGCCGGGCCAUCCGUGUCCUCCAAGCCUUCAUCACCAGAGAUCUGUCCAGCUUCUAUUUCAGCAUCAUCAAAGACCGGCUGUACUGUGACCCCGAGGACUCGCUGGGCAGAAGAUCCUGCCAGACCGUUCUGGAGGAAAUGCUGGACGGGGUGACCCGAUCCGUGGCGCCCAUCCUGCCGCACCUCGCUGAAGAGGUGUACCUGCACGCUCCGGGACACGACGGAGGCGAGACGCUGUUUAAGAGCGGCUGGAUCAACAGCAGCUCGGUGUGGCGCCGCCCCGGCUUGGAGGAGGCGGUGGAGGGCGCCAUCGCCAUCAGGGACUCCUUCCUGUCUUCCAUCCCGGGCAAGAAUGCAGCGCAGUACGACCUCACCGUCGCCAUCGAACCCGGUCUGCUGUUUGAGCUCAUGGAGUCCCUCCAAGAGGACGCCACCUCCACCUCCUCCCAGCUGGCCGAGCUGAUGACGGCGGCGCGGGUCAACCUGACCAGCGGGCUGCCCCGAGACCUACCCCCCGACGCCCCGCUGAGCCACGGCAGCUUCCUCAUCAACCUGGAGGGCGGUGUCAUACGAGAGGACAGCGCCUACAGCAUCGCGGCGGUGCCCACCUCCACCGCCAGGUGCCCGCGGUGCCGCCGCUACACCGCCGACUCGGCGGACUGCCUGUGCCCGCGCUGCCAGACCGUCCUGUCGCAGGCUCACUGACUAGAGCCACGCCUCCCGUCGCCGUGACGACCGGUGAACAUCGCCUCGGGCCUGUUUUUGUUCCCCUGGGCUGAACAGAGACCGGGUCUCUCAGAACCCGCAGCUUUGCUCGCUUUGGGCCGAAUGUCCUGAAGAGCAGACUCAAAGCGUCGUUCCGCCUCGAUGGUCUUCAGGACUAAAUCUGUUACGCACUCCCAAAACCACGAGGCUGAAUGUUCACGCUGCGUCCUCGUGUUUGUUUUCUCGCCCUGAGCUCCCGUGACCUAGUUUCUAAUUGACCCAAUGAGGCGACGGCCAUUUUUCCUCCGAGCGCUCCGACGUCUGUGAGCUCCUCGAUGAAGAGGUCUGCUCACUGGAUGAAGAGCUUUCCUGAGCAUGAUGGCUUCCUGUAUGUUUAAUUGGAAAUACUCUUAUUUUCUGAGGGGAUGCCACACGUGGCUUAUUGGUUUCUUUUUUAAAUGUGUAAAUACGUGGGAAAGGAAUGCAUCACGAGUCACUGUGUGACACCGGAGAGAAUCCAUAUUUGGGUUUGCCUAAGUUCUUGUAAACGUUUACUUGGAAACGUUCCCAUGAAUGUAUGGAAAGAAGUGUCUAAAAGAAAUGUCUAAAUUAUAAAUAAAUGGAGUACUAUGACCUUU